AUGAUGUUUAGCUCAAAAACAUUACUACUUUUGUCCUUGACAGGUAGUGCUUACGGUGCGCCACAAAUCAAGUAUGCCGGAAACACUGGCCCGAUCGCGGGCGUCACACCCCCCUUGGCUAGCGUGCAGGCUCCGGUCGGCGGCCUUCGCGGCGAUGCCAGUCUUUUGGGCGGCAACGCCAAGAUUCCCGACGUGACAAAGCAGAGCGCCGAGGUGGACAAUCCCACGCUGGUACAGGGGCAAGACGCCGAUGCCGACCUGGGCCUGUACCUCGACUUUAACAGCGCGGACAAGCCGGAGCCGUACCGCGGCAGCAAGGGCGCCUCGGCCGACGGCGCGCGCACGUUUGCGUACGAGAAGCUGAACCCGGACCUCUUUGCGCCGCCGGGCACCGACGCCGGCAGCGUGCCCAACGCCAUGUGGCCGAUGGGCCUGUCGCACAACCGCUUCGGGUCCGGCGAAAAGUCGGGCUGGGCGCGGCAGCAAAACACGGACGUGCUGCCGAGCGCGACCGCCAUGGCGGGCGUCGACAUGAAGCUCGCGCCCAACGCGUACCGCGAGCUGCACUGGCACACGGCGGCCGAGUGGGCGCUGGUUUUGAAGGGGUGCGUGCGCGUCGCCGCCGUGAAUGACGAGUCGCAGACGUUUACCGACGACUUGUGCGCCGGCGACGUCUGGUUUUUUCCCGCCGGCGUGCCGCACUCGAUUCAGGCCUUUGACCAAGGGGUCGAGUUUUUGCUCGUCUUUGACCAGGGCGACUUUGACGAGAAUGGCACCUUUCUCGUGUCGGAAAUGUUUGCCCGCACGCCCACGUCGGUGCUGGCCAAGAACUUUGCGGCGCCCGUCGACGCCUUUCGGGACAUUCCGCAAAAGGAGCUCUACAUUUUCGACGGCACGCCGCAGCCCAAGGAUAUUGCCAAACAAACCGUUACGGGCCCCGCGGGUGCCGUGCCCGUCGCGCACGCUUACACGUACCACUGGUCGCAGCAGGAACCGUUUGAGACGCCCGGCGGCACCGUCAAGAUUCUCGACCCGACCAGCUUUCCCAUUGCCGCGGGCUUCUCCGCCGCGCUCGUCACGGUGCGGCCGGGCGCGAUGCGCGAGAUGCACUGGCACACGACCUCUGACGAAUGGGACUACUUUUUGCAGGGCUCCGGCCGCGCCACCGUGUACAAGGCGCCCGACGCGGGCCGCACCUUUGACUUUACCGCCGGCGACGUCGGGUAUAUCCCAAAGGCAGGCGCGCACUAUGUAGAGAAUACGGGCACCGAGGACCUCGUGUUUUUGGAGGUGCUGCAGGCGCCCAAGUUUACCGACAUUUCGGUCGCGCAGUGGCUGGCGCUCACGCCCAAGCAAGUCGUCAAGGAUCAUUUGCAUCUGGACGACGCGGUGCUGGAUAACAUUCCAAAGGAAAAGACGAUACUUAAGCAGGGAAACACAAACUUGACUGCUUUGAGCUCAUGA